GGAGCAAAGCUAUAGAAAACAAAUUAUGAGCGAUGGACACAUCAUACAAGCACAACAACCUCAAAUCCACGGCCUAAAACAGCUCCCAAUAUGUGUCAUUAGACAUUAAUCAUUCCCUUUCCUUCUCAACCAAGUAACACCUAGAUUCUGAAUUCUUACAUUCUUAAUCUUCCUGCCCUAAUUUCUCUAUCUGCUGUCAUAUUCGACUUGCACUUAUACAUAUACAUAUAACUUCAACCAUACCCUUGUAUAAAAUUCUGUAAAGUUUCAAACUUUGUCACUUUCUCUCAAUUGAGUGCUCAAUUUUCCACUUUUAGCCCAAAAAGUUGAAAUCUUGGCCGCCCAUUAAGCCUUUUUUAGCUCCUCCCCUCUUUCUCAUUUCUUGAUUUUAUUUCCCACAUUUUAAUUUUUCCCAUUUCUGUAUUGUAAUUCAUCACAUUCUUGCUUAUAUAGUUAUAUACAUUGUGUUAGAAUUGUUAAAUUGACAGCAUUUGUGUUUUAUGCUUGCUUUUCUUGAUUCUUGUAUCUAUUUUUGUGUAAUACCCUUGUUUUAGCUAAAGGUUUGAUCUUUAAUUUUUGAACUCUGUUUUUAGAGCAUAAUGGGUGAUAAAUUUUGGCCAAUUUCACUUGCGGACUUGCCAUUACAUUUGAUUCUUGAAAUUCUGACCUCGGGGCCUUUGCGGGCUGUUGAUUUAGUUUCUUUGGAGUUAACUUCUAGGACAUUUAGAGCCAACGCUAGACUUGAUACUAGGUUUCAGAGUAAUUCAUCUUUGGUUAAUUUUGCGGCAUUUCAACUAUGUUGGUCUCAUCCUUUGUAUUCUUCCAUGCACUUGGAGGAAAGGAAGGCGCUUUUCGAUAAGACUGAAGGAAAUUGGAAGAGGGUACUAAGAUUCUUGCAGUCAGUGGAUCAGUCUUCCGAUAUGGUUGAAACCUCAGCUGGCAAUAUGCAGAUUAAGAGCGGAAGAUAUCACACGUUGCUGGUCAAUGGUUCAUCAGUGUAUUCCUGUGGUUCCAAUUUGUGUGGUGUUCUUGGUCAUGGUUCUGAGACAACACAAUGUGUGGCUUUUACGCGUAUCAGUUUUCCAUCUCUUGCACAAGUUACCCAGGUUUCGGCGUCACAUAAUCAUGCUGCUUUUGUCAUGCAGACUGGAGAGGUCUUUACCUGCGGAGAUAAUUCAUCUUUCUGCUGCGGUCAUGGUGAUACAAACCGUCCUAUAUUCAGGCCUAGGCUGGUUGAGACAUUAAAGGGAGUAUCUUGCAAGCAGGUUGCCGCAGGGCUAAGUUUUACUGUAUUUCUCACCUCUCAUGGCAAUGUAUACACGUGUGGGACCAAUUCACACGGUCAACUUGGCCAUGGUGACACUGUAGAUAGACCAACCCCGAAAGUUGUAGAACUUCUCGAAUCAGUAGUUCAGAUUGCUGCUGGUCCAAGUUAUGUCCUUUCAAUUACUGAGGACGGGAUUGUGCACUCUUUUGGGUCGGGCACUAACUUCUGUCUAGGACAUGGUGAACAGCAAAAUGAACUUCGGCCACGUGCUAUUCAAUUGCUUAAAAAAAAAGGUCUUCAUAUUGUUCGAGUCUCUGCUGGUGAUGAGCAUGUGGUAGCGCUUGACUCUAGGGGACAUGUGUAUACUUGGGGCAAAGGCUACUGUGGUGCAUUGGGCCAUGGAGAUGAGAUUGAUAAAAUAGUUCCAGCACCCUUACUUUGUCUUAAGAAGAACUUAAUUGUCCAGGUCUGCGCUAGUAAGCGGAAAACUUUUGUUUUAACUGACAGUGGCUCUCUGUACGGCUUUGGCUGGAUGGGGUUUGGUAGCCUGGGAUUUCCCGAUAGGGGACAUUCUGAUAAAAUCUUAGGUCCUCGUCUACUUCAAAGCCUAAAGGGCCACCGUAUAUCACAAGUAAGCACAGGUCUAUACCAUACUGUUGCAGUAACAACACGAGGGCGCAUAUUUGGGUUUGGAGAUAAUGAAAGGGCACAGCUCGGGCAUGAUUCUUUGAGAGGAUGCCUUGAACCAACUGAAAUAUUUGUUCAACAAAUUGCAGAUUGACAAAGUAUAUUGUAUAAUCAAGUAGCAAGGUACAAUCUAUUUUGUUAUGAACUGGAGGACACCAUUUCGGAGUCGUUUUCACCAACUUGAUUGUAAAGUGCUGAAUUGCUAAGCCAUCGCUCAUUGUUGUUACAGGGACAGGAGAAGAGUCAUUUUCAUGUUACUAUGUUAGUAUUUGAGUGAGACUUUUUUCAGAAUGACUAUUAUUGUUUGGCUGAGUUCAUUGGAGCCAGAGGGAUUAGCUGACCGGGCAAUGGCUACAAUGAGAACACAUAAUAUUUAUAUCCAUAUUAAUUUCAAACAAGUUGAAUUUUAUUGCCCCUUGUAACUACUAGUUGCACAACUAGUUAUUGCUAAAGUAUUGUUGAUUAAGCAAGUUAUUCAUUGCUUACGAGAAUAAAUGUUUUUGUGUUA